AGUCGCAACCCUACGAAAACGCAGCGGAGUCGGAGUCUCGGAGAGAAGAAGAAGAAGGCCUCGUUCGCACUCCUCUUCGAUCGCAGAUCUCUCCGCGCCCUUUCCAGGUACCUUUGAUACCUUCUCUCUUCCUGAAUUUCAUCUCCUUUCUCGCCGCCCAGAGAUUACGCUGUCUUAACACCGGAUCAGGUGCUUGUUUGCUGCCAUAGACUUGCAGAUGCUUAUGUAAAACUAGGAAGUUCAGAUUCAAAAUAGUUGCAUUAUAAAUGGCAGACACAUCAAUGAUAUCAAGCUUCUGGGGCCCUGUGACAUCCACUACUGAGUGGUGUGAGAAAAAUUAUACUCAUUCUUCAUACAUUGCAGAGUUUUACAACACUAUAUCCAAUAUUCCUUGCAUUCUGUUGGCACUCAUUGGCUUGAUAAAUGCUUUGAGGCAACGUUUUGAGAAGAGGUUUAGUGUUCUGCACAUAUCCAAUAUGAUACUUGCCAUAGGGAGCAUGCUGUUCCAUGCUACACUGCAGCAUGUACAACAACAGAGUGAUGAAACCCCAAUGGUCUGGGAGAUGCUGCUUUACCUCUACGUUCUCUAUUCACCAGAUUGGCAUUACAGGAGUACAAUGCCCACUUUCUUGUUCCUCUAUGGUGCUGCUUUCGCCGUUGUUCAUUCGUUCGUGAGGUUUGGAAUAGGAUUCAAGGUGCAUUAUGUGGUGCUGUGCUUUCUCUGCAUUCCUCGAAUGUACAAGUAUUACAUACACACGAAAGAUAUAGCUGCCAAACGGCUCGCCAAACUCUACGUGGCAACAAUUUUUCUCGGAAGCUUAUGUUGGUUGUUCGAUCGCCUCUUCUGCAAGCAACUCUCAAGUUGGUACAUCAAUCCACAAGGUCACGCAUUGUGGCAUGUGCUUAUGGGUUUCAACUCAUACUUUGCCAAUACAUUCUUAAUGUUUUGCCGAGCCCAACAAUUGGAAUGGAAUCCACAAGUUGCCCAUUUGUUCGGAUUCUUCCCUUAUGUGAAGAUUCAAAAGCCGAAGAAGCAGUGACAAGAAACACAUCGGUUUCUGGUUUGUUUAUUCUAGAUUUUUUACUCUAAAAGUGCAAAUGUUUAUUUUGUCACGCAGGUUGGCAAGUUUCCGAGAGUGAUGUUCUCCGUUGACUGAUCGAUUGACUUCAUUAGUUAUCAACUUAACAUGAGUUAUCUAUGUACCAUAUUUUAUGUUUCUAUUAGCCCAUGGAAUAUUCAAGUUUUGGGUCAUGGUGUUGUCGUAUUUUGGAUGUGUAGCUGUCUUUCAAAAGUAGGAUCCGGAAUCGAAUUCAUUUUUUCUUUUUUUCUUUUUUGGCCUUUUAUUUCUUUUGCAUCUAUAGAAAUUAUCCAACAGGCUCAAUGUAUAUGCCUUUUGUCA